GCAGCUCGACAAACCCGCCGGACAGAGAGGCCGCCAUCAUGUCUAAAUACUAUGAUGGGGUCGAGUUUCCCUUCUGUGAUGAGUUCUCUAAAUAUGAGAAGCUGGGAAAGAUCGGCCAGGGCACAUUUGGCUGUUUAGACUCUCAUUAUGACGGCACCCAUUCACUGCAGAGGGUCCAUUGGAGAACAAGGGAUGUGAUGCUAAAUUUAUCCAAAUCUGUUCUGAUGAAGAAAAAAACUCUUGGACUGUCUGAGGGGAGGUGUUCAAGGCCAAACACAGACAGACGGGGAAGGUGGUGGCUUUAAAAAAAGUACUUAUGGAGAAUGAGAAAGAAGGGUUUCCCAUCACAGCUCUGAGGGAGAUCAAGAUCCUACAGCUGCUCAAACAUGAGAAUGUGGUGAACCUCAUUGAGAUCUGCAGGACAAAAGCCACUCAGUUUAACCGGUACAAGGGCAGCAUCUAUCUAGUGUUUGAUUUCUGUGAGCACGACCUCGCUGGACUGCUGAGCAAUGCUAAUGUUAAAUUCACUCUGGCUGAGAUUAAGAAGGUGAUGCAGAUGCUGCUGAACGGACUUUACUACAUACACAGAAACAAGAUCCUCCACAGAGACAUGAAAGCAGCUAAUGUUCUGAUCACCAGAGAAGGCGUUCUGAAGCUGGCUGAUUUUGGAUUGGCCAGGGCGUUUAGUUUGGCUAAGAACAGUCAGGGGAACCGCUACACAAACCGGGUCGUCACACUGUGGUACCGACCGCCUGAACUACUGCUGGGUGAGCGAGACUAUGGGCCUCCCAUAGAUCUGUGGGGUGGAGGGUGUAUCAUGGCAGAGAUGUGGACCAGAAGCCCCAUCAUGCAGGGCAACACAGAACAGCACCAGCUCACACUCAUCAGUCAGCUGUGUGGCUCUAUUACUCCUGAGGUUUGGCCCGGUGUGGAUAAGAAGUAUGAGCUGUAUCAGAAGAUGGAGCUUCCUAAAGGUCAGAAGCGUAAGGUGAAGGACAGACUGAAGGCUUAUGUGAAAGACCCGUACGCUCUGGACCUCAUCGACAGACUGCUGGUUCUGGAUCCAGCUCAGAGAAUAGACAGCGAUGAUGCUCUCAACCACGACUUCUUCUGGUCCGACCCCAUGCCCUCUGACCUCAAAAACAUGCUGUCCACACACAACACCUCCAUGUUUGAAUUCCUGGCGCCGCCACGCAGAAGAGGACACAUGCCCCAACAGCCAGCCAAUCAGAACAGAAACGCUGCCACCACCAGCCAAUCAGAGUUCGACAGAGUGUUUUGAUUAAAACAGCCAGCUGUGAUUGGUCACGGAGAGAGAGACUUCUGAUUGAAUAGGAGGAAACUUUAGUGGUCCGAUUACAGAAUAUAAGACCCUUUCAACUUAUUGCUACAUCACAAUAUAGUGUUUGCAAAUAUAGUUCUUGUUUAGUGUUUGCACUAACAGAAGCUUUAUCUAAAUCUCAAAAAAUACUGAUGAGCCCAGUGAUAUGAUCUGCUUAAUCCAUACUGUGCUGAUCCAGCGACAGCGUGAGUUUAUUAUGCUGCAUUGUGGGACAAAAAAAAGUGUACUUAAUGUUUUCAAGCACAGAUUCAGUAUAGUACAUCCUAUAAAAAGUCUGCUUUUCACAUUGAAAAUACUUCUGAAAAUGUUAAGUUAGUCUGGGAGAACCAGCAACUAUUAUUUAAACACCUGAUCUUUUCAGAUUUUAUUUUUAUUUUUUUAAAAGAUGUUUUUAUUUGUGAGAUCGUGUGUUUGUGUUGGAUUGAGAUAUUGGUGUAUAAGUUACUUGUAAGUAUCAUACACCAAUAAAAACUCUCACAUUUCCCA